AACUAGGCCAAGCCACGUCAAUUGAAGCUCAUCAUCAAACAUGAUCAUCAUUGCCUUAUAUUAGUUACUUGUUAUGUUACUGUUAUGUUUCUCGUCCUUCCUUAAUAUUUUUUUCUUACUUUUCUUUUUCUUCUCUCUCUUCAUGAUAAUGAUGAUGAUCCUCAUCUGAACCGGCUUCAGAUAAAUAAUUUAUCAUCCAAAAAAGUCUCCCUCAUGAGUUUCUCACUGAAUCUCUCACUGAAUCUCUUUCAUCAUGUUCACUCUCAAUCUUAAACAGCAUUUUGUUUUCAAUCAAACAGUUUUGCUUUAAUGUCAAAAUGAUUUCAUUUUGUACUUUUAUUGUUUUGGAUAAUAUCAACAAUUAAGUUUGCUGGACUUUGUUUUGUUUUAAUUUAACUUUCACUUGUUUUUUGUUUUGUUAUUUGUUUGUUAAAUUAUGGAUAAAAUGAAUUGGUCAAUAAUUUUGUUGUUGUUUGGAUGUUUAUCAUUUGGAGUUGAUUGUUUCCCUCAAUUUACUCGAUAUCAAUCACCUUAUAAUAGCAAUCCAUUCAAUCGUCGAAUCGAUUCAAUUGAUCCAAGAAAUUAUCAGUUUUUACCUUCUUCUUCAUCUUCAUCAUCUUUUAAUAUAAAUAACAAUCCAUAUGAUAAUGUUAAUAGAUACAGUUUGCCUGAUGUAAAUGAUCCUGUCUCAUCAAUUCGUCGAUUCCCACAGUAUAUUCCGAAUGAAAGACCAUCAUCUUCAUCGUCGUCUUCUUCCUCCUCUUCUUCUUCUUCAUUGUAUUCUCGUCCACCUCAAGUUAUAUCAGUUUUAAGUAACAAUGGGAAUCCUCAUCAUUCAUCAAUUACUUGGAAACCUCCAGCAACAAUUAAUCCACCUCCAAUUCCUGGUGCUGUUCCUGGUCGAUCACCAGCUGAAAUAGCUUCACUUACUUCAUCAUUAGGCUUCUCAUCAUCAUCAUCUUUAGUCCAACCACAACCACAACCACAAUCCCAACCACCACAACCAUCAUCAUCAUUAUCUUCUCAUUCAAAUGGACGAUUCUUUCCAUCAGCACCAGUUUCUGGCUCAUUUCAACCAACAACUGAUCCUAAAUUCAUAACACAUCACAGAUUAAACUUACCUGACAGAUCAAUUGAUUCAGUUUCACAUCCAAAUAAUCCUUCAAUAUCUUCUUCUUCUUCUUCAUCUUCUUCACAGGCAUCACCACGCCAACCAAUUGCUUCCAUCAACAAUAAUAGUACAGGAAAAAACGAUGAUGCUGUUAUUUAUUAUUAUUAUUAUUACGAUGAUGAUGAUAAGAAUGCAACUCGAAUCACUAAAAAUGCUAAUUCAAACACUAAUUUAGACUCAAUUCCCAGUUUAGAAGAUUAUGAUCCAAUAUCAAAACCAAAAGAGGCUUUAAGAGGCUCAUCGAUACCAGUAACACCACCAACAACAAGAGCAUCAACAGCACCAACUACAAGAUUGACAUCGACAAUAUUUACCUCAACAACAUCAACUCCUACAACAUUUAGACCAAUAUUUAGAUCAACUGAACCACAAUCAAAUGGAUUUAAUUCUGGUUAUCCCUUUAAUACAGCAAAUUACAAUAAUUACUUCAAUCGUCCAGUUGAUCGUCCAACUUCAACUUCAACUACACCAAGUAUCAUAAAUAACAAUGAAGAAGAUGAUGAAGGACCGAUUCCUAAUGUAUUCAGAUAUGGAUCAAAUGCUGGAGUUAGACCUUCAUUUGAUUCAGUUCGAUAUGGUAAUGUUCAAGGAUUAAAUUCACGUGGAAAUAAUCAAUUCAUUUCAGGUCAAUCAUUCAGACACACACCACCUUCAUCUUCAUCUUCAUCAUCAUCAUCAUCUUCUUCUUCUUCUUCUUCAGAAUUUUCAUCCCCAAUUUCAUCUACAAACAGACCAAAUCUUCCGGUUUCUUCUUCUCAACCUCAUAAUAUUCAUUCAAGUGAAUUUACUGAUGAUUAUUUAGAGCCUGAAGUUGUUAACCAUAAUCGACAAUUCGGACCUAAUGAUUAUUCAUCAAAUAUACGCGAUCCUGGUUUAAUUGUAACAACAUUCACUCCAAUUACAAGACCAACAACUUCAUUCACUCCACCAACAACAACAACAAGCACAACAACGACAACGACAACAACAACCACUGAACCUCCACCUUCAAGUAGCACAACAUUGGCCCCUGUAAUUGAUGAAACGACAACAACUGAAUCACCUUCAACUCGUCGUCCAGGAUACGGUAGUCGAAGACGCUUUGGUAAUAAUAAUCUUAACAGAUUGAACACAUUGAAUAGACCUCGAUCUAAUCCAAUAACACCAAGUUCAUCAACUACAACAACUUCAACAACCACAAGCACCACAACUCCAAGACCAAAACCAAGGAACUUUGGUCAAUCGUUCAGAAGACCUUAUAGACCGAAUCGAAACUAUGGACGAACUGAUGAUGUCAAUAAAGAAACUGUUGCUCCUCCAGAAUCAGUGAAUUCAUUGAACGCGAUUGCUCCAAUCACAUCAUCAUCAUCAUCGUCACCAACUACUACAACAACGAUUGCUCCCCCAAUCACACCUUCAUCAUCUAUUUCUAGUACUCCUUUAGUACCUCGAAGAUUCGGUGGAUCUCGAAAUCGAUUUGGUUCAAUUCAAAGGUCACAAGUUACUAGAUCACCAACUACUAGUACUUCAACCACAACAACAACUACAACAUCAACAACUGCAAGACCUUCAAUUCGUCGACCCACAUCUAAUUUCAUAUCCAAUAGAACUCGACCUCGAACUCGUCCCAAUUUCUUAAGAAACCGAAAUCGAGGAUUAGAAGAUGAAUCAAGCUCAACUACAAGUGCAUCAUCCACAAGCACAACAAGCACAACACCUUCUCCACCUGCACCUUCAACAUCACAAUCGCCAUCAACAGAACCUUUAUCAUUUUCAGGAAACAUAAAUGAAGGUGAAUCAGUUUUAUCUUCAGGAGAAAUCAAUGAAUCAACUGAAAAAUCAUUCAGUUCAUCAAAUUCGAAUGAAAAUGAAUCUUCAUUGCCUGGAUCAAAUCCACCCUCACCUUCAUCUUCUUCAGUUGCACCUGUUUCUUCUUCAUCAACUGAAUCUCCAUCUUCAUCUACAUCAUCAACAACAACAACAACUUCAAGUCCAUCGACUGAAGCAACAACAAAUAACAGACAAACUCGACCUCGAAACCCUUUAUUCAGAAAUCGUCAAAGACCUAAUUUUUUCGGAGCUCGCCGUGGUAAUAAUGCCAAUAACUCCAACGCCAACGCCAACAAUAAUAACAACAAUUGAAAUAACUAAGUUAAAUUAUUUUCCUAAAUAUUGAAAUCGCCAGAAUAUCCAUCAAUUUCAAUUUUAUAACAUAAAAAUUUGUUCAGCAUCGCAUUUACAAAAUUAACCUCAUUGUAUUCAUCGAUUAUUUUUCAAUCACCUUUUUUAUUGUCAUUUUACAUAUUUCAUGAAAUGUGAUUUAACACUCAGACUAUCCAUUGUAACAAUCUAAUCAACUUUACUCUUUGAAUUUAUACCACAAAAGGCUGAACAAACGCGAUGUAAUACACAUAAAUCAGUAUUUUGUUUCAUUUAUUUGAAAGUUUUUCUUUUGUCCAAAGUAAUAAAUUGAUGAAAA